AUGGAGUACUACCCCCAAGGUAGACUGGAAUAUCCAAGUAUGUCAGUAUAUAUGGGUGCGUGCAAAGAAGCGAGUGGUGUGGGAGUUGGGCUGAGUUGGGUGCAGCAGCAGCAGCAGCAGCAGCAGCAGCAGCAGCAGCAGCGGAUUUAUCUCUGGAACCCUGUCGGGCCCUUUUACUCCGACGCAUGGACGGAGUACGCCGUACGGAACUACGGUUUAUCUGAUGGCACAAUGCUUGGCACAUAUCAAUGGACCCUUGGCAGUCAUUCAGGAUUGUCUGGGCAGCGCGGCCCAGGCAAGGAGUAUGGUAUCAUUGUGAUUGUGCAAGAGGCUAUGAACAUGAGAUGUAGACUUGGCGUAGAGUAAUAUUGGUAAAAGCAAAAGCAAUGAAUCUUGCAACCCAAAAAAAGAAAACAUCGGGCCCCGCACUUCGCUUCCCCCGAAUGGUCGCUCGUCCAAUAACGUCAGAUAUCCGUGACAAGAACUAGUAGUGAUCUUCCUUCGGUCUGCGGGGUGAGACUUUAGUCCCCUUCAGACGAUGAGGUGCGA